AUGAACUACAUUAGACAUCAGCCCUUGGAUUUGUUGAGUUAUAUCGACGAGGAUAUAUCUGGUUCUGAAAAAAUAAACAUCCAGUCAAUCAUUGAUAAAGAACUACUGACCAUAAAGGUUAAAAAAUAUCAUCCCAAGUUGGAAUCAAUCCUAGAAGAACCCUUUCAUUACAAUAAUCAAACUACUCAUAAUAAUACCAAUACCAAUACCAAUACCAAUACUAAUGCUAAUGCUGCUAUUAACUCAACCAUUCUAAAUGACAUUAAGCGUUUGGAAUCAAAAUACCACGAUAAAAUCUACAACGGUGACACCAAUUUCGAUAACAUAGACAUCCCUCUAGAAUCUGGAAUUGAUUUGAAUAGAUACCAAGUAUUUUUCGAUGAAUCUUCUGGUAAUGUCGAUUUCACCAAAUUAUACACAUCACUAGCAUAUUCAAUCAAUCGCUUGGAUGCUUUAAAAGUAUCUUUAUCCUUCAUCAACCAUGAAAAAAAAUUUUGGGACUCAAAUAAUAACUACAAUCAAUAUCUAAUAAACAACAAUCUCAAUCACCAAAUUUCCAAAAAAAGAAAAUCAAUCGAUUCCAUCAAUUCAGAAAGAAAAAGAAUUCAACUAGAGAAAAAACCAGUAUUUGAUUAUUUACAAAAUAAAUUUAAUGAUGAUAUAAAUCACAAAAUAAACAAUAUAUGCAUCAAAAAUAAUUAUAUCAACCCCAACAAAAAACUAACUAAUAACGCUUAA